UUGCUGAGCAGCUGUGCAGCCUCGGUAUCACCAUCAGACAACGGGAGUCACCGGCGCUGCACACACUCUGCUUCUCACGUUAAACGUAAAACCGCUCGGUGAAACGCCGCCUUUAGGAGGUUCGUGUCCGCGAAACGACAUGGGGGACCGAGUAGCUUUACUGCUGCUGGCUGUAGCGGCUUCGGCUCUGGCUGCCGAGGUGCCUACAGAUGUUUCUAUGGGUCUGUUGGCAGAGCCCCAGGUGGCCAUGUUUUGUGGAAAACUCAACAUGCACAUCAACGUUCAGAGCGGCAAGUGGGAGCCGGACCCCUCGGGCACCAAGAGCUGCAUCGGUACCAAGGAGGGCAUCCUGCAGUACUGCCAGGAGGUGUACCCAGAGCUGCAGAUCACCAACGUAGUGGAGGCCAACCAGCCAAUCAGCAUCCAGAACUGGUGCAAGAAGGGCCGCAAGCAGUGUCACAGUCACCUGCACAUCGUGGUGCCCUACCGCUGCCUGGUGGGAGAGUUUGUGAGUGACGCCCUGCUCGUGCCUGACAAGUGCAAGUUCCUGCACCAGGAGCGCAUGGACCAGUGUGAGAGCCACCUGCACUGGCACACCGUCGCCAAGGAGUCCUGUGGAGACCGCACCAUGAAUCUCCACGACUACGGGAUGCUGUUGCCGUGCGGUAUCGACCGUUUCCGAGGAGUCGAGUUUGUGUGCUGUCCGGCGGAGGCGGAGCGAGACGCCGACAGCGCCGAGAAGGACGCUGAUGAUUCCGAUGUCUGGUGGGGUGGAGCGGAGACUGAUUACUCUGACAACAGUAUGGUGCGGGAGCCGGAGCCAGUGGAGCAGCAAGAGGAAGCGAGGCCAUCUGUGGUGCAGGAGGACGAGGACGAGGACGAGGAGGAGGAGGAGGAGGUAGCCCCGGAAAAGAACGAGGAAGCAGCAGCAGAGGAUGAGGAGGAGGAUGAGGAAGAGGACGUGCUGGAUAACGACCAGGAUGGAGACGGAGAGGAGGACGAAGAGGCAGUGGAGGAGGAGGAGGAAGACGAGGACGAGGAGGAGGGAGAUGACGUCGUGCUCGACACGUUUGAAGAUGACGCCGACGAGCCCACCACCAACGUUGCCAUGACGACCACCACCACUACCACCACCACCGAGUCUGUGGAGGAGGUUGUCAAAGAUGUGUGCUGGUCCAAUGCAGAGACCGGUCCGUGCCGGGCCAUGCUGCCCCGCUGGUUCUUUGACCCCCAGGAGGGCCGCUGUGCUCAGUUUAUCUACGGCGGCUGCGGAGGCAACAGGAAUAACUUUGACUCAGAGGAGUACUGCCUGUCUGUGUGCAGCAGCGUCAUACCCACAGCCACGCCCAGCUCCCCCGACGCCGUGGACCACUACCUGGAGACGCCAGCGGACGAAAACGAACACGCCCACUUCCAGAAGGCUAAAGAGAGCCUGGAGGCCAAACACCGCGAGAGGAUGUCGCAGGUGAUGAGAGAGUGGGAGGAAGCCGAGAGGGAAGCUAAGAAUCUGCCCCGUGCUGACAAGAAGGCCGUCAUCCAGCGCUUCCAGGAGAAGGUGGAGGCGCUGGAGCAGGAGGCAGCCAGCGAGCGGCAGCAGCUGGUGGAGACGCACAUGGCCCGGGUGGAGGCUCUGCUCAACGACCGCCGCCGCCUGGCUCUGGAGAGCUACCUGACGGCGCUGCAGCAGGACCCCCCUCGGCCUCGCCACGUCUUCAGCCUGCUGAAGAAGUACGUUCGUGCCGAGCAGAAGGACCGGCAGCACACCCUCAAACACUAUGAGCACGUCCGGAUGGUGGAUCCCAAGAAGGCUUCGCAGAUCAGACCUCAGGUAGUGACCCACCUCCGCAUCAGUGAGGAGCGUAUGAACCAGUCUAUGGAUCUCCUCUACAAGGUGCCCGGGGUGGCCGACGACAUCCAGGACCAAGUUGAGCUCCUGCAGAGGGAGCUGGCGGAGAUGGCCCAGCAGCUGGCCAACAUGCAGACGGACGUGAGGGUGAGUUACGGCAACGACGCCCUGAUGCCGGACCAGGAGCUGGGAGACGGUCAGAUCGAGCUGCUGCCCCAGGAGGACUCGCUGAAUCUGGGGGGGGUGGGCUUCAUCCACCCUGAGAGCUUCAACCAGCCCAACACAGUGAACCAGGUUGAGCCAGUGGACUCUCGCCCCAAUUUUGACCGAGGCAUUCCCACACGACCAGUGACUGGAAUGAAGAUGGAGGCGAUGCCCGAGCUGAGGAUGGAGACGGAGGACAGACAGAGCACCGAAUACGAAGUCCACCACCAGAAACUGGUCUUCUUCGCAGAGGACGUUGGCUCCAACAAGGGCGCCAUCAUCGGCCUGAUGGUGGGAGGCGUCGUCAUUGCAACUGUGAUCGUCAUCACCCUGGUGAUGCUGAGGAAGAAGCAAUACACCUCCAUCCACCACGGAGUCAUCGAGGUGGACGCGGCCGUGACCCCCGAAGAGCGCCACCUGUCCAAGAUGCAGCAGAACGGCUACGAGAACCCGACCUACAAGUUCUUCGAGCAGAUGCAGAACUGAGGAGAAUGUCACACACAUUUAACACACACAUCUCCUCCCACACAUCAAACACCUCCCCUCCCCUCUCUCCUUCCUCCCCCAUGUCUCCAAAUAAGGCAGGUCAUUGUGACUGAAAUAGUCAGUUACGACGAUCAAACGGAGCGACUGCAGCCAGGGGUUCCUUGCGUUCCCUCCUGGGCGGGACCGCGUUCGUUCACGUUAUCGGAGCGAGACGCCUUUUAAUUAAAGCCCCGUGUUUUUAUGUAGCUCCGCCUUGGCCUGCUGAUGUAUGGUAUAAAAGAAGGCCCGCCCAGUGCAGAGAAACAAACCCACCCGUUGGGGAAAGGAGCGCUUUCUCUCCCCACUGAUUCAGGGUUGGUGUGUUGUUGGGUUUUUCAGUGUUUGAGGUGUGGAGAAUCUGACCUCUGAUCAGUGGGAUUUAAGACGCAUGCUGACCCUGGGCUUCAUUUAGAAAAAAGAGCCACAUCAUUAGUUGUCUCAUAUUCUUUUUACUGAUUAUACAUAAUAAAAUAUAGGCUUAAAUCAAAGAUAUUUUUCUAAAUGAAGCCCCUCACUACUGCACUCACUCUACAGUCUACACUGGAGUAUCCCCCCCUCCUCCUCCCCCCUCCUCCCUCCAUCUUCUUUUCAUUUUUACAACAGCUGGGCUGUGUUAAGUCACACGAGGCUCUUAAGGAUAUUCGGAGACGCUGAUAUUAAUGAGUAUGUUGAUGACGACGGUAGUAAUUAUGUAUUCUGAAUGAGCUGUUUUUUUAUUUUUCUCUUUUAGUUUCCAGUUUUGUUUUUCAAAAAAGAUUGAAGAAAACAGAGGAUAAAAAAAAUAAAUAAUGUAAAGUCCUUUUUUUAAAUUGCGUGUGAUGUUACUGAAGUAAUGCUGAAGUCUUAGCUGUUCCUAUGUAGUGCAUGACAACAGGAUUCGGAAAAAAACACAAAAACAGAUCUUAACGCUGCUCUCUCCUGAGAUCAUUUCUCACAUAUAGAUUGUCAUUCUAGCAAGAUUGUACAUUUAGUAUCUUCUCGUGAUCACGUGACUUCAAACGAUGAAAAAUAUAUAUAAAUCUAGAUGAACGGGCUCUGCUUUGAUAUCAUGGAAAAUACACAUUUAAAAAGAGAUCUGUGAUUUUGGGAUUUAAGUGUGUUUUUCUUAGCUUUUUUCUUUGUUCCCGACGCUUCAUCUCUGUUUGCAUUUUCACGGAAAUAUAUUGAUCCUUAUGCAUCAUUUUUUGUUGAAUUCAUGUUGUUUGUGUGGAAAGGGGCAUGUUGUGGGUGUGAAGGUGACAGUGACAGGGACGGGAAAUUGAAAAAUAAACGGGAGGUAUCCGGCAUGGGGGAUGGGUUAUGGGAUUACGUGUGUUUUGUCAUUUUCAGUCUGGUGUUUCGUCCAGUUGUAAGCCAACACCGUCUUAUAUUUUGUAAUGAUUCUUGCUGAUAGAACAAGUGGAGAGCAGAGAGGAGGUGAGGAAGAGAGGGAAUGACUUGCAGUUACGGUUGAAUAGCCAGGCCUGUAUAUAUAUAUAAUGGAUUUUCACUCCUCUCCUUCCUCCCUCCCUUCCCCUUCCCUUUCCUUCAGGCAUGCUGCUCACAUCUUCAACACACACUCCUCACUGUCGCCUGUAUGCAUAUGAUGGGCAUUGAGAGAGAUUACAGCGAGUCAGGGAAUAAAACAAUCUCCCGUUCAUCUCCAUACAGUCAUACUAAAGGUUUGUCCCCAUGAAAGAAACACAGUGAGGAGAUGGUGGGUUUUUAUGAAGGCUGCAGUGGGGUGGGUCCUUUGGUUUUCACAGUGUGCUCAUGAGACGCCCAGCAGAGGGCAGUAGAGUAGAAGAGGAAGCAGGAUUUUCUUUCUAUUGUUUUUAUUUUUCCUUCUCUGUGGGGUUAUAUUAUAUUGGUUUUGUUUUCCACUGUGUAAUAUUGUGCAGGCCAUUUGCAUCUACUGGGAAAACGCUUUCUACACUGUAUUCCAUAAUAAAGUUUUGAAUGUACAUACAGA